GAAAAAGGGUACCCUGCGCUCAAAGAAAAGAAAUAAAAGAAAAAAGAAAAGGGUUGCCCAACCUAGGGUUUGCGUUCCUUGUUUGCCUUCUCUUCUUCCGCCGUCGCGGCCUCUUUUCCCCAUCCUCUCCGAUCUCCGAUUGUUCUUCUCUACACCGCCAUGGCUGCACCCGAUGGCGAUGGAGUGAUCCUUUCCGAUCUAUCGCAGAGAGUGGACAAGGAAAAGCGCCCUCGAUGCUUACCAGAAAAUCAUCGGUUCCGGAUCCGUCCACCCAUCCACCACCCCAGCUUCAUGGACGAUCCUCCCCCCGAAUCGAUCGUCCUCGACGCCCAGGCCUACCUCGACGACCGCACCAAUGCCUCCACCGCCGAGGGCUGCACGGCCCGCGGCCAUCGCAUCAAGGUGACCUUCUGGAUUUCACACCCACCGCGCGUGUCAUAUUUCACCGUGCACUUUCCGGAUCUCCCUGAACCCUCGGGCAAGAUCGGCGAGUUGCCCCGGAUCGUCCGCACCGACGGCGACCUCGUCCUACUCCGUGUGUCCGUCUGCCCUCCCGGUCUCCGCCUCCGCCCGGAAUUCAAUGACCACAUCAUCUACCGGGCCGGCAGCAAGACGCUUCAGGUGCUCCCCCUCAAUCCAGACCGCAAGCGCUUACCUUGUGACGCGCAAGUUGGUCUCCUCAAUUGCCAUGACGACACCGGCAGGUUCUUCGUAGCCGCUCUCUCUUCAGUUUACCGCCGUGGGCAUUACAAGCUCGAGCUGUACGACUCCAGGAAACGCAUAUGGAGCACCAAGCCCAUGUAUGUUGAGUCGUCGCAGGCUCAUGACUACUCUUUCACUAGCACAACCAAAGUGAUCACCAUAGGAGGGAAACGAGGUUCAAUCGGCUUCGUUGACCUCUUGCAGGGUAUCCUCAUCUGUGAUGUGCUUAUGGGGGAUGACAAUAUCCUUCGCUACAUCCGGUUGCCCUUUCUCAUGGCUUCGAACAAGAUGUGCCGAGACCCUCCGACGUGCGAUCGGGACAUCACCGUCAGUCAGGGCUACAUCAAGUACUUUGAUAUGUGUGUUCAUGCUGAGCCUGGCUCGUGCAUUGGCACCUCCUACACUUCCCAAGACUGGGAGGCCGCCACAUGGAAAUGGGUGGAUUCUGAGAAGAAUUGGCACAUGGAGUACAGGCUCAAAGCUUCCAAUGUCCUGGUGGACAAGAGUCACUAUGAAUUGCUCCCUAAUCCUCUUCAUCCCCAUGGGCCUACAGAGAUGAAGCCAACUUUGAGAAGACUCCAUGUGGGCCAUCCUGCUCUGAGCAUGCAUGAUGAUACUGUGUACAUCAUGGCCAAGGUUCACCACAUGGACAGCCAUAAGGCGUGGAUGCUUGCUGUUGAUAUGAGGAACAAGACUCUAAAUGGAGUGGCUGAUUUCAGGCCUGAAAGAACCUAUCGUUUCAAUUUGACGUACCUUCAAAGCAAGAUCUCCAAGCAUCUGGCCAAAAGGUCUUCCAACAGUCGUCACUUUGAAGGAGAAGUUUGUCAUCAUCUGUUGAAGUUUCGGACUACUGCUGAUCAACGAAGGCAAGAUAUGGUUUAUGCCACUUAAUAUUUAUGGAGUCUGUUAGUGCCCCAUUUGGCACAAAGAUCAUGCUCUUAGUGGGCAUGAGUUACAGGGCGGUUGCACCAAGGUGAUGGGAGCAUUUGCUACAUGAUUCAGAAGUUGGGGAGCAUUGGAACAGAGAGUACUGGACUUGAAGAUAUUGAAGGUGUAUGAGUAAAGAUAGUGAUGUGGACCAUGUUUGAGCAAUAUUCUGAUUAUGUUUGAUGUGUCUUGCUGAACUAUCUCAUGCUUUUCGAUCCUCUCAACUGUUAGGACUCCAUAAUUGGUCUGUUUAAUACUUUUUUUUUAUCUAGUUUGGUCUUUUCUGUUUUAUUGCACUGUUUAUUAUGUAUGCACAUUUUUCUAUUUCCAUAUACUAUUCUCUAUUUCCAUAAAUAGCAA